UUAUUUUAGAAUCAUUAGAUACAUUACUGGAAAAACUGUUUUGCAAGAGGCCCGACCCGACUUUCAUAAUUACAAUGAAUUCCUUUGAAAACACCUUUUUCCGUGGUCCAUCGCCAUCCUAUUCCGACGAUGCAAACUCUGAAAAUGCAUUGUCGCUGACACUGCCCAUUGGAGCGGCAGCUGAGGAAAACGACUUUUGCCAUGAUGACUCCAAGACGGACCCCGUGGACUACUUUGACGAGAAAUUUGACAGCGAUAGCUGCUCACGCUUGCACCCUGGGCAGCAUGGCCGCAACUCUUUCGCUUUCUGGACCGUUGUGAUAAUUCUUCUGGCCCUGACUGUGGGCAAUCUGAUCCUCACGCUGACAAUUGUGGGUGUCUUGCGUCUCGGAAAGGGUGUGCACGGUAUGGAGCUGAUUCCCGAAGUGGAUGUCGUCAAGUUCUAUGGCUCAACCGAGCUGGAGCGCCUUCAGACCAACUCAAUUGGUCAGGUGCAUGGCUUUACAGAUGUGCCAGUGACCAUUAGUAGUGAUGGGAGCAGCGACGACAAUCCGGAUGCUGGCGUGCAUGUGCGCGUCUUCCGUAAUGGAAACGGUGCCUCUAGUGAGCGCGAUCGCAUCGUUGUCGAUAAGGAUGCCAUUGUCAUAGAUGCCACAAAUGUGUUUGAUGUGAAAGACCCCGCCGAUCGGCAAUCCAUUUUUAGCACUCAUCGUCCCCAGUACAACAUCCCGGCUGGAGUGGCUGCUCUGCAGGCCAAGGUGGUGAGCGCGAGCGGCAUCUCCAGUCCCAUAGAUGUGCCCUUGAACAUGGAGAGCGACGGCCGCAUUGUCGUUAAGGGGUCAGAGGGUGUGUUCUUCGAUGCCGCCAGCAUCGAUCUACAAGCCGAGCAUCACGUCUCUAUCAACUCAACCCAAGGCGCUACUGUGCUAGAGGCUGGCACUGGCAUAUUCCUGGACAUGGACCGCAUACCCAUAGUCAGUUCCGAACUGGGUAUACGAACGGGCAGUGUUCAGUACAAGAUUUGCGUCUGCAUGCCACAAGGUAUUCUUUUCCGCAUUGCCAUUCCACGUAUCCACAAUGGACCGAAGAUCUCAUGUGCCCAUUUCAGUAGCCAGGACGAUCCAUGUGAGGUUAAUUAAUUAGUUGAUUUAUUUAAAGCUUAUAUAUUUAAUCCCAGUAAUAAAGAUAAUACAAUUAUUCAUAUAUGUAUCCCUAAAACAAACGUUA